AUGGCUACCGUAACCAUUUGCUCGAAACCUCUCACGCAGCCUAUGGGUUCCAACAUAGACUUCGGCGUUGAGCUGACAGGAAUGAAUGUUGAAUCCAUGGAUGACGACGACUUUGCAAUCCUCAGAAAAGCUCUAUACGAAAACCAGGUGGUCGUCAUCAAGAAUCAAGGCGAUCUCUCUCCUCGGGGACAAUAUGAACUCACCCGACGAUUUGACCCUGCUGCAGGAGUGUAUAGUCAUGGAAAGUCGAUCGAUAAACGAAGUGUACUCCACGCCGAUCUCACAACCAUUCCCCAUCAGCCCCAAGUACAAGUCAUCGGUCAUGGCUCCGUGAAGGAAUAUGAGGGAUUGACCAAUAUCCAACUCCGACACCCACACCACAAGACCUUUCACAAAGACCCAAUCUCAGCAGAAGAGAAUGAUGACUUCACUCAUUUCUACCGCUGGCACAUCGACUCAGCCAUGUACAAUUUGGACCCACCUCUUGUCACAUCUCUUUUGGCUGUUCAGGUCCCCAAGGGACGUCGUCAGAUCUGUCGCUAUGACGAUGGAACCAAAACUGAGAUAGAUGUCCCUCUUGGCACAACGGCAUUCUGCAGCGGGUAUAGAUUAUACGACAUGCUAUCCGAAGAAGAAAAGCUGUUUGUCCGCACAAGCAAAGUUGAAUAUGCGCCUCACCCGUAUAUCUGGAUGAGCAAAGCCAAAUCUCGUUCCAAUGGAUUAGGUAUCGUAUCCGAAGGCCUUGAACUCUCAGAAGAGGAUUUACCUCCAUUUGAGUCUUCCAAGAUCAAGACAUACCCGAUGCUCUGGAAGAACCCGGUUACUGGAAAAUUGGCUAUGAUGGUCUACCCUACGUGUGUCAGGAAGAUUCAUCUUGAGAAUGGAGAGGUUCUCGAUAACCUUCCGGAAAUUCGUGAGCGUCUGUAUAAGCUGCAGAGACGCGCGAUCGACCCAUCUCUCAUUUAUCCACAUGACUGGCAGGAGGGAGAUUUGGUUCUGUUCAACAACCAUGGUGUCAUGCAUUCUAUUGUUGGUUCGUUCAAGGAUCAUGAGGUUCGUAUCUUUAGACAGUGUAACAUGGCGGCGAGUCGGCCUCCAAUGGGUCCUGAUGAUCAAGUUUUGGCUUAG